UGUCAUACAUCAGUUCCGUGCCAUAAAGAUGCUUAAGACAAAACUGAAUCCGAAUGAGGUGUUGAUUCACAGUGAUUUCUCAGAAAAUUACUCAAUGAAAUAUUCCACAGAAAUUCAGGCAUUUCAUUUUGGUGGUAGUCGAAAACAGUAUACUCUUCACACGUCCCAAAUAUAUUUUAAAAAAGAUGAGUACAGCUCAGUAGUAUCACAAUCGAUGUGUACUCUAUCGGAAUGUUUAGACCAUGGACCUGCUGCUGUUUGGGCACAUCUACAACCUAUUUUCCAAUUCAUACAACGUACUGUUCCACAAAUCACCGUUGUUCAUUUUCUGACAGAUAGCCUACAACACAAUACCGUAACAAAACCAUAUUUUUUCUAAUCGCCCAUGCCCUUCAGCAUUCAAUUGAAAUUUCAUUAUGUACAUGGAAUUAUAUGGAAGCUGGUCAUGGAAAAGGUGCUCCAGAUGGUGUUGGAGGUUGUCUUAAAAGAACAGCAGAUCGAGUUGUUGCUCAAGGGGAAGACAUAGAUUGUUUUGAAAGCUUUGUAAAGGUCUUAAAAGAGAAUGUCAGAAAAGUGGAACUAAUUUUGGUUUACGAGCAUGACAUUCAAUCAAUGAAAAAUAAUAUACCACCAGAAAUUCCUUCUUUCAAAGGUACUUUCAAAGUACAUCAAGUUGUAUUUAUGAAAGAGUUUCCUAAUAAAUUAGUUAUGCGAAAACUAAGUUGUUUUGAAUGUUAUGAUUGUGACAAGUUUUCUUUAGGACAUCAUAUUAUUUUACCAACUAACGAGGAAGCAGAUUGCCUAGAAAAUGUCCCAGUUGAAGUUGAAUGUGAUUUACAUAUACAACCGACAUCUUCAAUAUCAGAGCUACAAUCAAAAAAUACUUUCUAUGCCCCAGGAACCUACCUUCUGGUGAAGUUUGAAAAAUAUUCUAAGAAGUCUGAAGAUGCUCUAGGUUUUCAGUAUGUUUGUUGUGUUGAAAAACAAAAUGAAGAUAAUUCUAUCACUGUAGAUGGACUAAGAAAACUUGAUCAAGUUAUGCAGGUGCUUCCAAAUCCAAGUGUGGUAUUAAAAAAGAGAAAAACGGUGUUUUUGUUUCCUAUUAAAGUCAAUGUCAAAGAACUUUAGUGAUAGUUUAGAAUUGUAGUGCUUAAGUUGGGUAAUUAUAUACUAGUCAUAAAUAAAACUAGAUUUCCUCCACCAAAAAGUUCAGAUUGUAUUUAAAGUUUUUAUAGACAUAAGUAUUUUUGUUUUAAUAUUUUAAACCAAGGUUUGGUUAAGGUUAAAUGUAUUCAAAUUCUGUUAAAUAUUGUUUAAGACUAAAAGUUAGUUCAGAUUGUAUAUUUAAUGUUUUUAAUGAUAUAGACGUUAUUUUAUUUUAAUUUUUUAAACCAUGGUUUGGUUAAGUUUAAAUGUGUUCAAAGUCUGUUAUAUUUUUCAAUACUGUAAGUGUUAUUUUAAAUUUAAAAAUGUGAUUAAAUUGUUUGUGAUCUUAAAGGUAUUAAUGGUAGAUCUCAAAACAAAAUAUAUUAAAUAACUAUUAAAAAAUUGUGAUUGUUAGUAUUUCUAUACUUUUUUUUAAAUUUUCAGUCAAUUUAAAAAUAAUAUGUUGAGGUGACUUUUAUUUUGUUAAUAAACGUAUAUUAAAGCUCAAAAGUACUAUUGUUAUACUUUCUAGUCUUAAGUUACAGUUGUUGUUGAUGUUAAUUUGUAUGGCCAAUUACAUAAAUAUAUAUAUAUAUAUAUAUAUAUAUAUGUGUGCAUAUUUUUUCAUAAUUUCUCUCUCCCUACAUCCAAACCUAUCUCCCUAUAUUUUGAAAAUUUCUUAAGUUAAAUAUAUACAAAAAUAUUAAUGAUUAUGUGUGCACACUCCAUGAAGGUGCAGUAAGGUCUAUACAGAUAAGUAAUUGACAAAAAAAAAUAGGGAAAUUAAGUUUUUAUUAUUGGAUAUAAGCAAAGCUUGA